ACAUGAUUUGACUCACAGAUCCUCUUUUGUUCAUAGGCAGUCCUCUCGGAAGGAGAAAGGAAGGGCCGUCACAUGCUGAGUCUUUUCAGGAGCUCUACAAAACAAUGGAAUAUCAUUCUGACUUAGAAAAUGUGGAUGAAGAUGGAUAUACUCAAUUAAACUUCCAUUCUCAAGGAAUCACUAGGAGACCUGUCAUCUCAGAGAAAGGAACUCCCGCUGCGUCUCCUCCUUGGCGCCUUAUUGUUCUGACUCUGGGAAUCCUCUGCUUGAUAAUGCUGGUGAUAGCUGUGGUCCUGGGUACCACAGAUUUGAGAUCCAGUUCAGGGAGCAACUCACUGAAGAAUGACAACUUUCCGUCAAGAAAUAAAAAGAACCUCAGUCAACCCACACGAUCACCUUUAGAAGAAAGUGUGGCUUCUACCAAGGCUCUCAAAACCACAGGCGUUUUUUCCAGCCCGUGUCCCCCUGAUUGGAUCUUCCAUGAGAAGAGUUGUUAUCUUUUAAGCAUGUCACUGGAUUCCUGGACAGGAAGCAAAAGUCGAUGUUCUCAGCUGGGCUCUAAUCUCCUGAAGAUAGACAGCGCAGAAGAACUGACAUUUAUAGGAAGGCAAGUGUCUUCCCAUCCUGAUAACUCAUUUUGGAUAGGACUUUCUCGCACUCAGACUGAGCAACCAUGGCUCUGGGAGGAUGGAUCGACAUCCUCUUCUAACUUGUUUGAAAUUAGAAGCACAGCAAUCCAGGAAAACUUACCUCACAAUUGUGUAUGGAUUCACAACUCAGUUGUUUUUGACCAGCUCUGUACUACGCUCUCAUACAGUAUUUGUGAGAAGCCAUCAGUGUAAAGGCAGGAUGGAAGAGGAGAGAGGAGCAUGGGAAAUAGUAAGACAGGGCAGACAAUGGAAUGAAAAGACCGAAAUUUGAAGUCAAAGUAAAGCUACAAAUACUAGAGCUCGGCAAACUUUCAUCUUAGCUGAGAAGCAGGACGGAGAGGCCGUGAUUUCUGUACUUGUCAACCCUGUAGGUAGGCCGGUAUUACGUUCUCGUAAACAGCCCUGAUUGUGCAGUCUGGGCAACUAAGCUUGAAUUUUCAUCUUACCAUUGACUUAGUAUAUACCUGGGACAAACCAGAAGUCUUCAGGGCAUCAAAGGAAUCAACUUUUUGCUCUACCUGCGUUGUUUUUUGUCUUCAGAAAGUGCCACUGGGGAUAUGCACUGUUGUUUACACGAUUUGUUCUCUUUCAUCUGGUACCAGUAUAACGCACAAGUGGGAGGCAAAAUGCAUUACCAGGUAUCUAAAUGAAGAAGUGAAAAAAAGGUUUACUACAGUCAGAGCUAGUUUAUAAUUUUCAUAAAUAUGUUUACAAUUAUUAUUGACAUCAUUGAAGAACAACUACUCCAACUUUUUUGUUCUCGAUGCCACAGUCCUCCAGCCUCUAUAGGUUUUUGCCAUAGGGCGGGUGCCACCAUGCCCGGUAAACUUUUUUGUUCUCAAUAGCCCUGAGCUAUGUGCUAUAUUUCUGAUUCAUGGAAUCCUAUAUAAUGUGGAUUGUAGAUAAUGGCUCUUACAGGAAAGCUUUUCUCUUUCUAAAUACUAUCUAUCAAAAACUAUGGGACCAGCAGUUAGCAUAAUGGCUAUGUCACUGGACUCCCAUGUAGUCGACCACGGUUCGCGUUCCGGACCCGGUGGCUUAAACU